CAUGUUGUUUGUAUUACAUUUUUAAAGUUUUUUAUAGGAAGUAGAGUGCUAUAUUGCCCACAAAAUUUAACUCGUUUUUUGAAAAGAUUUAAAAAAUGGGUAAACGUAAAGCUCCUGAUGAAUCAAAUCCUAACCACGAUUUUUGUGAAUUUUUAACAGAACUGGCAGAUUAUGAAAAAAAUGUUAACAGAGACAUUCACAAGUACAGUGCUUACAGAAAAGCAAGUUCCGUUUUAUCUAAUCACCCAACAAGGAUAAAAUCUGGUGAAGAAGCUAGAAAAUUAAAAGGUAUUGGUGAAAAAAUAGCAAAAAAAAUCGAUGAAUAUUUACAAACUGGUAAAUUGCGGAAGCUGGAAACCAUUCAUAAUGAUUCUACAAGUACUGCAAUCAAUUUAUUGACUAGAGUAACUGGUAUAGGCCCGGCUAAAGCACACAGUUUGGUAAAAGAAGGAAUUACGACAUUGGAAGACUUGAGAAAACAUACAGAUAAGCUCACUCAUCAUCAAAUUAUCGGUUUAAGGUAUCUUGAAGACUUUGAGAAGAAAAUUCCGAGACAAGAGAUAGAACAGAUUGAAAAAAUGAUCGUUAAAGAUUUAAAAAAUCUGGAUCCUGAUUUCAAGAUCACAAUUUGUGGAAGCUAUAGGAGGGGGAAACCUGAGAGUGGCGAUAUAGAUACGUUGAUAACGCACCCAGAUUUUACAAGUGAUAAAGUCGAUAAGAAACAUAAAAAUAAUAUGCUUAAAGAUAUCGUUGCCACCCUGGAAAAAUGCGGUUUGGUUACAGAAACCCUGUCUUUGGGAGAGACAAAGUUUAUGGGUGCUUGCAAAUUGAACAGCGAUCAUCCUAUGAGAAGGCUAGAUAUCAGAUUAAUUCCCUACGAUCAAUAUUACUGCUGCGUUCUGUAUUUCACUGGUUCUGAUACGUUUAAUAAAGACAUGAGAAUACACGCUUUGGAAAAAGGGUUCACGUUAAAUGAAUAUUCUUUAAGACCAGUGGGUGUAACAGGCGUACCCGGAGAACCAGUUGAAAUACAUUCAGAGGAAGACAUAUUUGAUUAUAUAGAUUACCCAUAUAAGAAACCAGAAGAGAGGGGUUAAAUUUCUUUUACAAACAAAGUAUAUUUAAAUAUU